UUAUAUAUCUAUAUAGUAAAUUCGUUAAUGUUUUUAUUCCAUUUAAUAUGGCAAAAAAAAAAAAAAAAAGCGAUAUUUCAAAAUCUGCCGAUAUGUUAAAAUAUCACGAUAAUAUCGCGAUUGCGGACUCCACACCGGCGCAAGCUAGCACUUCGCGCCACGGAAAGUAUAUAAAUUACUCGCCCGUUUGAAAAUCGACGAGGACUAUUUAAUUCCCACACAGCGAAAGCUCGGAUCCUUCUAUUUUAUUUUUAUUUUUAUUUAUUUUUCCGUCUCUCUAUCUCACCUACCGAGACUCUCUCUCUCUCUCUCUAGAAAUCAAACCACGCGCUGUGAAAAUGUCCCUUUCCGAUCUCAGCGUGCGUCAUUUCGACCUGGUCAGAUCGAGAACGCUUCUACUACUUCUUCUGCUGAUGAUAUCUCAAUACCUCAUAUACUUCCAUUCCUGCCGCAAUUUGUCCAGACGGAUUGGCAGAAACCGCUCUGGAAUCUCUCCAAUUCACUCCGCAAUUUGAGUUCUCCGAAGCAAACUCUCACUUUCCCCCUGAUAUACAGAUUGAGAGAUUCUCUAGAAUUCUUCUUACUUCAAGGAUCUGAAGAUGCCUGGAGUGGGAGUUAGUGUCUUGGUAGCCUUUCUGGUUGUUUCGUUAUGUUGUUCUUCGCUACUUGUUGGUGCACAGAUCACCGAUCCAUCUGAAGUUGCUGCAUUGAGGGCUAUCAAAAGCCGUUUGAACGAUCCUCAGAAGAAUCUUAGAAAUUGGAAUAACGGAGAUCCAUGUACAUCAAAUUGGACAGGGGUUUUGUGCUUCAAUACGACACGCAAUGAUGGAUAUCUGCAUGUUCAAGAAUUGCAGUUGCUGAAUAAGAAUCUCUCUGGAAGUUUAGCCCCUGAGCUUGGUCAACUAUCUUAUCUGGAAAUAUUGGAUUUUAUGUGGAACAAGAUGAGCGGCAGUAUACCCAAGGAGAUAGGCAAUAUUAAGUCUUUGCAACUCCUGCUUUUGAAUGGAAACCAACUAACGGGUUCUUUGCCUGAUGAGAUUGGUUUUCUCCCUAACUUGGACAGAAUUCAAAUCGACCAGAACCAAAUAUCAGGACCAUUACCAAAAUCAUUUGCAAACUUGAACAAAACAAAACACUUCCACAUGAAUAAUAAUUCAAUUAGUGGGCAAAUUCCACGUGAGCUUUCCAGAUUACCAAGUCUUGUUCACUUCCUACUGGACAAUAACAACUUAUCUGGGAUUCUUCCUCCAGAGUUUUCUCAGUUGCCAAACUUGCUCAUCUUUCAAGUUGAUAACAACCACUUUGAUGGGAGUGAAAUUCCACUUUCUUUUGGCAACAUGUCAAAACUAUUGAAACUGAGUCUUAGGAACUGCAGCUUGCAAGGACCUAUUCCCGAUCUAAGCAGUAUACCUAACCUUGGCUAUUUGGAUCUCAGUCAUAACCAGCUUAAUGAAUCCAUACCAUCAAAUAAAUUAUCCGAUAACAUCACUACAAUUGACCUAUCAUACAACAAUCUUAUUGGACCUAUUCCAGCUAACUUCUCGGGUCUUCCUCUUCUUCAGAGAUUGUCUCUUCAGAACAAUUUGUUGAAUGGUUCUGUUCCAUCCACCAUUUGGCAGAACAUGACGUUCAAUGCAACUAAAAAACUUAUCUUGGAUUUCGAGAAUAAUUCGCUUUCAAGUAUUUCGGGCCCUCUUAAUCCUCCUGUAAACGUCACCAUCAUGCUUCAAGGGAAUCCUGUAUGUACUAAUGUAAAUGAUGUCAGCAUAAUCCAGUUCUGUGGGUCUCAGAAUGGAAAUGGAGUGACACCUGGAGGCUCAACAAACACCACAUCCGUUUGUCCCACUCAAGCAUGCCCUACAGAUUUCAAUUUUGAAUAUGUCUCAGAAGCUCCUGUUCCAUGUUUCUGCGCCGCACCUCUUAGAGUAGGAUAUCGGUUGAAAAGUCCUGGAUUCUCAGAUUUUCCUCCAUACGAGGAUCCUUUUGAGGUGUACUUAACCACUGGUCUUAAGUUGGAUCUUUAUCAACUAUCCAUUGAAUCAUUUUUUUGGGAAGAAGGACCUAGGCUAAGGAUGUAUUUGAAGCUUUUCCCUCAGUUUGGUUCUAAUCAAACAUUUAAUGGAAGUGAGAUUCGACGAAUCAGAAGCAUGUUCACAGGAUGGACAAUCCCAGAUAGCGAUAUCUUCGGACCUUAUGAACUGCUCGACUUUACUCUCUUGGGGCCUUAUAAAAAUGAAAUUGAAGGGUCUUCAAAGUCAGGAAUAAGCAAGGGUGCUUUGGCUGGGAUUGUAUUGGGGGCAGUUGCUGUUGCAAUUACGAUAUCUGCAAUCAUUUCAGUUAUUAUCAUGAGAAGACAUACAAAAUACUACCAUGCAGUUUCAAGAAAACGUCUAUUGUCAAGAAUCCCAAUCAAAAUUGAUGGUGUGAAAGACUUCACUUUUGGAGAAAUGGCAUUGGCUACAAACAAUUUCAGCAACUCUACUCAAGUUGGCCAAGGAGGCUAUGGUAAGGUCUAUAGAGGUGUUCUAGCUGAUGGUACUGUGGUUGCCAUUAAGCGUGCACAAGAAGGAUCCUUACAGGGUCAAAAGGAGUUCUUCACGGAGAUAGAACUUCUGUCACGAGUGCAUCAUCGAAAUCUGGUCUCUUUGUUAGGAUAUUGUAACGAAGAGGGUGAACAGAUGUUGGUUUAUGAAUUCGUGCCAAAUGGCACGCUGCGGGAUCACCUUUCUGCCAAAGCAAAAGAACCUUUGAGUUUUGCUAUGAGGUUGCGAAUUGCGUUGGCUUCGGCCAAGGGCAUCCUCUACCUACAUACAGAAGCAGAUCCUCCUAUCUUCCACCGAGAUAUCAAAGCCAGCAACAUAUUAUUGGACUCCAAAAUGACUGCCAAAGUUGCCGAUUUUGGACUCUCAAAGCUUGCGCCAGUUCCAGAUGUUGAAGGGAUUGUCCCUGAUCAUGUAUCUACCGUUGUGAAGGGCACCCCAGGCUACCUUGACCCGGAGUACUUCCUAACCCAUAAACUGACAGAUAAAAGCGAUGUUUAUAGCCUUGGAGUCGUAUUUCUAGAGCUCUUGACGGGGAUGCAUCCAAUUUCCCAUGGAAAAAACAUCGUCCGAGAGGUGAACAUGUCCUAUCAAUCUGGCAUGAUGUUCUCGGUAAUAGACAGCCAAAUGGGUUCCUAUCCUUCGGAAUGCGUCGAGCAGUUCGUGUCAUUAGCUCUCAGAUGUUGCCAGGAUGAGACAGAUGGACGACCGUCAAUGGCAGAGGUGGUCAGGGAGCUAGAGAACAUAUGGCGCCUGACGCCAGAGGCUGACACUGUGCCAUCCGAGUCCAUGUCGAUUGAUACUGGAAAGGCGUCCACACCAGCCCCAUCAUCCUCGACAAGCGCCAAUCCCUACGUGUCAUCAGAUGUCUCAGGGAGUGACCUUCUUAGCGGUGUUGUCCCCACCAUUACACCUCGCUGAUGUGAUUGUGGGAAUUUCUUGUAUAUUGUCCCAGCAGGGAAUGUUAUUUCCGCGUCUCCCAAAAUUGAUAUUUCCACCCCUACAGGUGUAAAUUGGUCAUGGGCGUGCCUUUAAAGUUCUGUGUAGUGACCAAAUUAUCCUUGAAGGUGGAAAUAACAAAUGCAGGAAUGGAAAUAUCCAAGAUAAUUUGCAUGUGUUUUGGAAGUACAAACAGGUUUUUUUUUUUUUUUUCCUUUUUAAUUUUUUGGUGGCAUGUUUAUAACAAAUAAUACUCUCUCUCUCUUUCUUUUUCUUUUUUGUAUGUAUAAUACUACAGUAAUAUUCGUAAUUUAGAAUAUUGUUAAUCAGACAAUAGGAUGCAGAUCGCAGUUGCCUCA